AUAAUAUAAAGGUUGAGCACAUAUCUGGUAAGAACAAUGUAGUUGCCGAUUAUUUGUCCAGUUGUGAAUCGUUGGAUUCAACCCCGGAAUAACUAAUCUACUGGGGGGAGGAAUUUUAUAAUUUUUCAGGCAUCGGCUACAGAAAUGGGGGAAAUUCUGCGGUCUUCAGUGACUACUAUCGUGUUGGUAGCCAUCUUCGCCCUCGGCCUCACUGCAGGUUCAGCCAUGAAGUUCAUGAACAACGUUGUGAUGAAGGACGAGUUCCUCAGUGACAGUAAACUGAAUGCUACGAGCGUUUGUUCCUGUCGGCAAUUUUGCUUCGCUUGGCCGAACUGCACCGCACUGUCUGUUGUAGACGAUGGCCAAGGACGCAUCGCUUGUUACUUCUCCGAUAAAACGAAUAUCAGUUCCGAGAGUUUCACAAAGGACGAAGAAGGCUACUCGUGGAUCAAACAAGGGAAGCAUGAAUCUUCUUCAACUGUUAAUCGAUCAAGCACGACACAGACCUCUGUGAAUACCAACUCUACUACUACUGCUGCUAGUACUACUACAACUACUACUAAUGCAACCACUGCAAACCUGACAACUGCCUAUAAUGGUAAAGUAGUGACCACUGACACUACAACACAACCAAGCAGAAAUGGAUUGUUGGAUUCUCUUGACUCUCAACCGUCAACAGAAAAAUUAGAAGCAAGUACUACCACCAUACAGCUGCAAUCCGAAACCUACAAUCCGACAACCACUCGUUCAACAACUCAGACCGUUGGAGGAAUGCAAGACUGUAACGCUGCCGCGGUAGAUGGCUGUCUUUAUAAGGGCGGAAUGACCAGUUACUGGAACGCGAAAGGAGCUUGUCAGAGAGGCGGAGGAAUACUCUUCGUAGCCAAGAAGCAGGAGGAGUUUGGUCAGCUGCAGGAAUUUCUGAAAAAGAACUGGAACACUGGAACACAGUUUUCUGAACCUAUGCUGGUAGGAAUCCACUCCCACGUCUGGACUGACGGAUUGGAUUUCUCCCUUACUCCCCUCACUUCUCACUGGAAGGGCUCCAGGAUACCAGAUCCUCAGAAGUUGUGCGCCAUUGUAGUAUACUCCUCGGACACAGUCGCUCUGGAUGCUAUAGAUUGCGGGCAAGAGUAUCCUGCUCUGUGUACAAAGGAGAUAGUGUAGGAUCUGAACCUGACAGAAAAUAAUUUUGUGAACUAAUUUGCUUUUAUCAGUUUUAUCUUGUUUACGUCUAUUUUGAGAUGGCUGGAUGUUAUCCAAUAUGAAUUUGAUCCAUACAGGUAUUUUUGUCGUAUUUGCGUAUAUUUUGACAGAUAUCCUACCUAAUUCGACCACUCUCAAUUUGAACCAUAUAGGUCUAAUGUAACGGUUGUUCUACUGAUAAUAUAAACUUGUGGCUUUUAAAUGAAAGAACAUUUAGCUGUCUUAACUUGCUGAUGUCAUCCUUGAUAAAAAUACCUGAGUAUAUUUGUUUGGACAAGAGUAUCCUUCCCUGCGUGCAAAGGAAAUAGUGUAGGAUCUGAAUUUGACAAAGAAAAUAAUUUUGUGAAGGAAUUGCUAUUUCAGUUUUAUCUUGUUUACGUCUAUUUUGAGAUGGCUGGAUGUUAUCCAGUGUGAAUUUGAUCCAUAUAGGUAUUUUUGUCGUAUAUGCCUAUAUUUUGACACUGAUUGAUAUAUAACCUACCCGAAUUCGACCACUCACAAUUUGAAUUCAGACCUAAUGAUGGCAACGGUCGUUCUGCUGAUAAUUUAAACUAGUGACUUUUAAAUGAAAGAAUAUUUAGUUGUCUUAACUUGCUGAUGUCAUCCUUGAUAAAAAAAAAUACCUGAGUAUAUUUGUUGCUAUUGUUUGUUUGUGUAGUGUUUUUACGUUGCAUGGAACCAGUGGUUAUGUAGCAACGGGACCAACGGCUUUUACGUGACUUCCGAACCACGUCGAGAGUGAACUUCUAUCACCAGAAAUACACAUCUCUGAACCCUCAAUGGAAUGCCCAAGAAUUGAACUCGCUGCCACCGGGGUGGCAGGCCAAUGCCAUACCGAUCACGCCACUGAGGCGCUUAUAUUUGUUGCUAAUAUGAUUAAA